AUGUCUGAACGCAAAGUCCUUAACAAAUACUUCCCCCCGGAUUUCGAUCCUGAUCUCAUUCCUCGGCGGAAGCAACCCAAGAAUUCGCAACAGGUUGUCCGUCUCAUGGCCCCGUUUUCUAUGCGAUGUAACACAUGCGGCGAAUACAUAUAUAAGGGCAAGAAAUUCAAUGCUCGCAAAGAGACGGUGGAGGGCGAGGACUACUAUGGUAUCAAAAUCUUCAGGUUCUACAUCAAAUGCACCCUAUGCUCCGCCGAGAUCACUUUCAAGACGGAUCCCAAGAACACCGACUAUUCCGCCGAGCACGGUGCGUCUCGCAACUUCGAGCCGUGGAGAGAGGAAGCGGCCGUAGAAGAGGAGGACCGACUGGCCAAACUCGAGGAAGAAGAGAACAACCCCAUGAAAGCACUCGAAAACCGCACUGUCGACUCGAAACGCGAGAUGGACAUUCUCGAUGCGCUGCAGGAUAUCAGAGCCAGGAAUGCGAGGAAUGAGCGCGUGGGGCACACGGUGGAUCUGACGGCGAGGAUAGCCGAAGGAGAGAUCGAGGACGAGGAGGAUUUAGAGAGGAAGCGGCUGGAGGACGAGGACGAGAAGUUGGUGAGACAGGUGUUCAAAAAAGUUACGAUGCCUGCGGUGCUUGGAGAAUCCGCUCCUGUGGAUGAGUCCGUUCCAAUCCCCCAGGUGAUUACCGUCAAGCGCAAGGCCGACGACAUCGAACCGUCGCUGCAGAGCCUACUCCCCGACUCUGCAAAGGAGCUGAUAGCAAAAGCGACGCUCGCUCCUCAGCCACCGAAAAAGAAAAAGCCUAAUUCACUUGGGAUCAAGUUGGUUAAGAAGGCGAAGACCUGA